AGAAGUGGUCCCGUACCAGCUUACAAAUACGAAACAGAGAAUCGCUGACAAUAUUCGGACAAAAAUAGAGAGAGAGAGAGAGAGAUAGAGAGACACGCUUUUAAGAAAACGACGACGAUGCAUUCGGUGUUUUCCGUCGACGAUAUCUCCGACACCUUCUGGGCUUCGAAUCCGGCGAUGAAUCGGAGCGCCUCAGAAUGGGCAUUCGAGCGAUUUCUGGAGGAGUUCUCGUCUCCAGCGGCGACUCCUCGCACGCCUCUCCCCGAUUCACUGCCGGCGUCAUCGGUCGCUUCCUCUUCCGUCGCGUCUGAAUCGUCCACGUCGAAGCGCCAAGACAGAGGCGAUGAGGUCGUCGAGAUCAAGAAGCAUGAUCACCUUUCUCCGCCGUUGAAUCCUUCUUCAACUGCUUUGACUGAUUCUGAUCAGUACCGUGCGUUUCUGAAAAAUCGGCUUGAUCUGGCUUGCGCUGCAGUUGCUCUAACUCGUGAGUCUGCUUGUGUGAAGCCUGGAGAUUCUGCUAAUGUAGCUCAGAGUCAAUUGCAGGCUCCGAAGGCUUCGCAAGUUGGAUCCGGGGCUCAUGAUAAAGUUGCCCAUGAUGGUCCUCCAGUGGUAGAAAGUGAGGCUGAUGGUGGACCUCUCGGAAUUCCGGCCUUACCUUCUAUUCAGAAGAAAAUAGGUGGACAAAGUAAGCAAACAACUAGUGGAUCAUCAAGAGAGGAGUCAGAUGAUGAUGAUCUUGAAGGAGACUUGGAAAUCACUGACAAUAUGGAUCCUGCCGACGCUAAACGUGCUAGGAGGAUGCUAUCAAAUCGAGAGUCAGCUAGACGCUCGAGAAGAAGAAAACAAGCACAAAUGGGUGAACUUGCAACACAGGUUAAUCAACUAAGGGUUGAGCACUCUACUUUGUUAAAGGAUCUCACUGACAUGAAUUCAAAGUAUGACAAUGCUGCUGUGGACAAUAGAAUCUUAAAAGCUGAUAUUGAGACGUUAAGAGCAAAGGUGAAGAUGGCUGAAGAAACAGUUAAGAGAGUGACGGGGAUCAACCCACUGCUUCUAGCCAUGUCCAAUGUAGCUGGUACAGUCAUGCCUUCAGUGAACAGCGCAAUAAAUGGAUCAACUAAUGCUGCAGUACCAAUGCAGCAAAACCGUAAUCAGCUUUUUCACCAAGCAGUUCCCAGCAUACCCACUGCCACUCCGCAUCACCAGAGAUUAGACAGCAGCUUCCCUGGUAACACCCCAGUUCCACUUGUUGGAAACCACCCACAAAUUGAAGUUAAUAGACAGAGUGAUGUUGGGGGAGGCAAAAUGGUUGACAUAUCUUCAAUUCAGCAGCAUACAGGUAGAGUAGCAAACUUGCAGAAGCAGAAUGGCCCAGGAAUAAAUCCCUGUGGGUCGUUACCAGGGCCUGGGUGGGAGCGUGAAUCUUCCCAGGCAGUUGCCAAAAAUAACAAGCAUAAUCAAAUAUAGCGUGCGUGAUUGGGAUUCCCAAUCCCAUUUUAGGGAGGUUGAAUAAAAUAUUGCUCCACAUUAUUGCAGCUUUUAAUUUCUACUGCUGCAUUGCAACAAGAUUUCCCAAAGCCCCUCUCUUUUUCUUUUCCUUCCUAGUUUUCAUGUUGACAUAUUACAUGUUUAUUUUUACUUUUCCAUUCUGCAGUUGUCAUCAAAAUUAAAUGAAGAAUUUGAUAUCGAUUAGCUAAA